AUGGUCGUGCUGAAUAUGAUGUACAACCUGUACUUCCACCCGCUUGCUCGGUUUCCCGGCCCGCCUUUGGCUCGAUCAUCACUGCUAUGGCGGCUUUGGCACACCAUGCGCGGGCGGUCGCAUCGUGUCAUACAGAGAGCGCACCAGGAAUACGGCCCCGUCUUCCGGGUCUCCCCCAACGAGCUCUCGUUUGCCUCUGUGGGCUCCUGGAAAGCCAUCUACGGCUUCCCGGGUCCAGGAAAGGACCACCUCAUCAAAGGCGAAUUCUACGACAUCUUCGGCGGCGCCUACAAGACGGGCUGCGUUGGGUCGGAGCGCAAUCCCACCAUCCACGCCCGCAAGAAGAAGAACCUGACGGCUGCCUUUUCGGUGAAGGCCCUGGCGGCCCAGGAACCCAUCGUGCAGGCAUGUCUAGAUCGAUUUGUUGAGAAGCUGGGGCCGCUAAGCGAAAAGAGUGUGGGUAAGGGGAUCAAUGUGGUCGAAUGGUUGGAGAUGGCGGCCUUUGAUAUCCUCGGGGAGAUGGCGUUUGGCGAAGGCUUCGGAUGUGUCGAGAAAGAGGAACACCACAGCUGGAUGGACCUCAUUCUCAAGCACCUCUUUGAAGUGACCAUGGUCGACAAUCUCCGCAGAUUCAAGGUUCUGGCCGUUCUCGGCCGCGUUUUACUCCCGUCGCUUGUCUCGGGAGUGCGGGAAGAGCACUCUAUGUACAGCCGAGCAAAGGUACAGAAGCGUCUUGACGCGUCUACACCUCGCCAGGAUUUCUUCACCCACAUCGUCAACAAGGUCCGCAGCGGCGAUGUGUCGCAGGAGGAGAUGACGGCCCAUGCUUCCACCUUGAUCAUCGCCGGCGGCGAGACCACAGCGACCGCCCUCGCAGCGGCCGUGUACUACCUUCUCAAGACGCCCGGCACGCUCGAGAAGCUGACGCACGAGAUACGGUCCCGGUACAAGUCGUACUCCGAGAUCGACGCUACAUCCGCCCAGCAGCUGCCUUACUUGCAGGCCGUCAUCCAGGAGGCUCUGCGCAUCCACCCGCCGGGCUCGCAGGGUUUCCCACGCGUGUCGCCGGGGUGCGAGAUUGACGGGUAUUGGGUGCCGAAAGGGACCGAAGUCUACACCAGCGCCUGGACUGUCACGCACGACCCGCAGUAUUUCCAUGACCCUAUGACCUUCAAGCCCGAGCGCUGGCUCGACCCGGACUGCGCCGACGUUACCGAGGCCAGCCAACCCUUUUCGCUCGGGUAUCGGGCGUGCAUCGGUCGCAACUUUGCAUUCCUCGAGAUGGCGUCGUGUCUGUCCAAGAUGCUCUUCCGCUACGACCUGAAGCUGGUCGACAAUGACCUCGACUGGGAGGCGGCUUCGCGUUGCUAUGUCAUGUGGUGGAAGGCGCCGGUGCAUGUCUUGUUCGAGGAGCGGGCGCGCAGAAACGAUGAAGUUCCACCGUGCGAGUUGGGCGAGCUUGAGCACUAG